ACGCACAAGCUUUUAUUUUGAAGGACUCAAUCACCACCGGAAUUGAUCGUAGCUAUGUAAACAAAUUGAGUUUUUUCAGCAAGUCUUGCGAAUCGGUGUUGAACAACCAUUUUGCGUGUCUAAAAAUAUACUAAUAAUGUGUUUAUGUUGUUUUUAUACUCCUCGUGAAGUUUGGUUUUAUCUGAUUUUUUUUCUUCCGGAAGCAGCAGAAGCGCGUAGAGUUAGCCUAGCCUAGCCUGCUAGCUGGAAACAGUGAGUCAGACACAUUGAUGAAGAGCAGAUUCUUUUUCUGAUGGAGGUUAGGGAGAGGAAAGGUCUCAGAAAGUCUCAGCGUCGGAGAAAAGACAAUUAACAGAAAUGGAGGAACCGACACGCAGUGACGAUGUCCAGCAGGAUGACCCAGAUAUUAAACAGGAACAGGAUGAGGCUGAGGUCACUGAGUUUGUAUUCAAUCCUGUCGAAAAUGAGGAUGAGGAAGACUUUGCUCAGUCUUUGGAGCUUCAUCACAUCCAGACUGAGAACAGGAACCCUGUGGGACCAGAAUCGCUCUCAUCUAAAACUCCAGAGGCUUUAGAGAAAAACUGCAGAGAGAGCAGUGGGUCUUCAUUAGGUGAUAUGAGUGCGAAAAAGUUCUACAGCUGCUCUGAAUGUGGGAAAACCUUCAACAGCCGACCAUGUCUGGUAAGACACAACAGAAUCCACUCUGAAGAAAAACCCUUCAGUUGCUCUUUCUGUGACCAGAAGUUUAGCAGGAGGGAAAGCGUAACUCGCCACAUGAGGUGUCACACCGAGGAAAAACCUUUUAGCUGCUCGGUUUGUGAACAAAAGUUCAGCCGAAAGGAGAGUCUGACGUAUCACAUGACCUACCACACUAAAGAAAAACCUCACAGCUGCUCCAUCUGUAACAAAGCUUUCACUUCAAAACGAAAUCUGAUGGAGCAUGGGAGAAUCCACACAGAUGAAAGGCCAUUCAGCUGCUCUAUCUGCAAGGCCACUUUCAAGCGGAAAUACACGCUGGUGGAGCACACUAGGAGCCACACCGGACAGAAACCAUACCAAUGCUCAGUGUGCGGCCAGAGCUUCAGUCAUGGCAUCAGCCUGACCCGUCACAUGAGGUGUCACACAGGACAGAAACCCUACAGUUGUUCCAUCUGUAAGGCUGCUUUCAAACUGAGGAAUGCCUUGAUGGAACACACCAGGAUUCACACGGGAGAGAAACCAUUUAGCUGCACCAUCUGUAAGGCUGCAUUCAGGAGGAACCAGGAUGUUGUGAAGCACACCAAGAUCCAUACAGGCGUCCAGCAGCUGUUGGUGAUUAAAGUGGAGCCUUUGCAUCAGGAGAGCAGCGCUAGACCCAAACUAGUCCAGGAACAGCCUAACCCUCCACAGAUUAAGGAGGAAGAGGAAGAGGCUGAGAUUACAGAGCUCAGGUUACCUGCUGUCCCAUUGAAGAGCAGAGAUGUUCAAAACAAAUCUCUGUCGUCACAAAUUCAUCCCAGCCAAGCUGAGGAGAGCAGAGACUCUGAGAGCCUGGAGCCGAGUCUAGAUCAGCAUUUACAGUCGUCCUUUGACAAGGAGUCGGGUUUAGACUCUCUGCAGAACGGCCCAGUUAGCGAAACUGUCUGCGAGAGCGGCAAGAAGCUCCACAGCUGCUCUGAGUGUGGUAAACCUUUUAACCACCGGGCAGACCUGUUGAGACACAACCGAGUCCACACAGGAGAGCGACCCUUCAAAUGUUCAGUUUGUAACGCAGCGUUUAGAAGAAAAUACACGCUAGCAGAGCACAUGAGGACACACACUGGAGAGAAACCGUACAGCUGCUCCCUUUGUGAGCAAAGCUUUGGCCGUAAGUCCAGUCUCACCUGCCAUAUGAGCUGUCACAGCACAGAAAAACCUCUCCAAUGUUUGGUUUGUAAGGCCAAGUUUAGGGAUAAACAAGAUCUUGUGGAACACACAAAAACCCACUCAGGUACAUAACUAUUAGUUAUUUACCUGUUGGGCUGUACAGUCCGGGGUCAAAGGUUCACAUGGUUGCAUGCAGUGCAUGCUCAAAGAAUAAAAUUUCAGUUCUGUUUGCAAAAACACAAGAGGCAGAGAUGAGCAGUUAUCACAAGGAUUCUGAUUUAUCAACAAUAAAUUAAUUUUUUAUGAAUAAAAACUGCAAACCCAGAUUCACUCUUGAUUUCAUAACAGCAGAAACUGAAUCGGUAUUUAUAAAAAAUAUCCUCUAUUGCAAAUAUUGUGUUGGUUAGCUGUACAAUUGCACAAAUGUAUACAACUGUUGCACUACUGUAAUCAUGUUAAAAAUGAACAUAUUUCUGGAUUAAAAUAUUUUCUCUUUUCUUGCA